UGGAAGAGUUAAAGCGUGAUCAUCUUCUAUGUUGGAGUCGACAAUGACUUCCUUCGCGCAGUCUUGGGUGCAUCGUGUCGCUUGACGGAUUACAGAAUGCGUGUUACUGGUUUAGUAGGGCUUUUAUUGAUAAUCUAUACCAAACCAACGAUGGAAGAAACCGUACACGUUGUGAAUUCUACAUCGGAACUACAUGAGAGUAAAAAGUUCGUUAUCAGUCUUUACGAUUUGCGGAAUAAUAAACCGUUCAUGUACCCGGUGGUUACGUUCGGGAACCAGUCGAUCGAAUCUGCGGAGGACGGAACGAGACUAGAGACCCCAGAAAGUGGAAACACUUGCUACUGUGAGGAGUUGCAAUGCGGAUGCUGCAUGGGAAUGCGAAUCGAUCAGUUGAACUUUAAUCGACAUUUUUGCACGCAGCUGGCCUACGACCCGUACGAUUUUGCCAUCAACGUCGAAGUUCUCAUGAACCGAAGCAGCAUCUAUACGGGUAAAAUAUCUGCUAAAAAUCCACCCCCACUCUGUCUCCCGGUGCCGAUUCCGUACAUACCGCUGAACGCCGACCUGUGCUUGCGACUGUUCGAUAUUUACACGCCUCGGCGAAACCUGCACGCUUGUAUGGAUGUUGAGACACGUGUCUGGCGAUUUCCGGUCGUUAUUUUACACUUCGAGUGCAUGCGUAUGGGUCAGGAUGGAUUUACCUUCCUUAAACCGGGGAACGGUGACGUUUUCGGGUCGGAAACACCCGGGUCAACAGACGUGUAUGACGAAGUAGAUGAAAUUAAAAAGCAUUCCAAUUAG